AUGAGUCAAUCUACAACGUUGGAUUUUUUAAGACCCAAAUUAGCAAUUUUAAUUCAAAUAAAGAAGCGACAAUUGCAAAGAGCCUAUCUCAAAUGAUAUAACGAAGCCUUAAGAAAAGUUAUGGCAGAGAAGCACGGUAAAUUAAAAGCAUAUACAUUGAAAUUGUUAAACAAACGAAGUCCAGUUAGACCCUCAAAAGUAGGAUUAAAAUCCGUUAAAUUCCCUGAAGCUCUGGAAAGUGAAGAAAUUGAUGCACCAGCUCUAAUCUAUACAGAUCGACUAAAAAUAUCCCCAACAGAAAAGCAAUUACUAAUAAAUACUUUUGACAUAUCUAAAGAAAAUAAGCAUGACUCUGCCCUAAGUACGAAAGCGAGCACCCCUGAUAAUAAGCAUUACAUAAAGCGUAACAGCAGUGCUCCUUCAAAAUCUCCUAAAAAUUUAUUUGACAAAAUCCGUAACGAUUUACAGCAAAAAGCUAGUAGACCUGAUACGCCUACUGAUCAAAAACCAAUAGAAAUUGGUGAAAGACUUUUUAGGCACGCUGAAAUUAUUAAUAAAAAGAAAGAAAUUUUAAGAAAUAGCAACAAAAUCAACUAUCCUUUCUCACCAAAAAUAUCAGACAGCACAAAUAAAUGAUUAGAUUAUGCAGUUCGCCUAGCAGGGCCGGGGAUUUCCACCCCUACACAUUCAUCCCUCCCAAGGAAGCUCGAUAGACACCUUCUGUUGCCGCAAGCAGGAGAUUCGCGUACCGAUCUUGACUUUCAUGGCUCCUGGAGUCUAAGGGCCAACCACCGGGCCGAAACUCCGUUUCUCUUAGGCAAAUACCGUUUUCAGGGCCUGUAGGGUCAUAUCCUCAAGCGUCGCCGACCUUGCCCUUUACAAUGGUUGCUCCAGAGGAAAAACUCUAAGCCCCAAGGAUUACUCCCUGAGGCCUGAGGAAAGCCUAGCCCAACAUACAUAAAGGAUUAACAACCCCUUUCCACCUAAAUCUCCAUCACUGUGCCGUUGCCUGCAGGCGUUGAAGAAAUAGGGUCAAGAGGUCGGGGUGGUUCGUCUUCACCAUUUUUAUGCAUAUACAAAUAAAUGACUAAUUAAGCGAGAAUACAGAAUUAAUAAACCGAAAGAAGACCCAAUAGCAAUUGUAUCUUGUGCGGAGGCAAUGAGUGAUCGAGUGAGUCGGCUUGGAUUUUUAAGGACAAUGAAUCCGAAUUUUAAUUUAAUUGAACAGAAUGAAGAUUUAGUAGAAAAUUAUCCACCUUCAAGCUAUGAUGAGAGGUAUAUUUAA